AUGCAGAUGAUAUCAUUGCGCAACAUCGUAAAGACUAUGUUCCAUUUAUGUAAAAAGAAUCCACCUUUAGCCAUUGAAUUGAUUAGACCUAUUCUACCAAUAUUUAGUUACCUACUUACUAUUCGAAAUCAAAGCGUAAUUUCCAGUACCUGCUGGAUACUCGCUUACCUUACUGAUGGAUGCGAUGAUAACAUACAUGCAUUAUUGGAAACUGGCAUUCUACCGCAAGUUUUAGGAUGUCUGAUGUCGCAAGCAAAAAAUAUCUUUGUUCCAGCAUUGCGCACAGUUGCACAUAUAGUAGAAUCAGGUGAUACUUAUAAAACAAAUGCUGUAAUUUUCGCUGGAGGUUUGUCACAUCUUUAUACCUUGUUGCGAAAUUGUCUCGUCAACGGAGAUACUCGUAUUGUAGUGGAAAUUGUUUCGGCAAUCUACAAAAUGGUUAAUACCAAAGAACAAAUCCAAUGUGUAAUAGAUGCUGGUUUAUUAUCACCAUUGAUAGAAAUACUUGAAUGUGGAGCAGAAGAAGCACAAUAUAUAGUUGCAUGGACUGUAAUGGAUAUAAUAACGAUAGGAUCAAUUGAAAAUUUGAACGAAUUAAUAAAUGCCGGCUUGUUAUCAAUUUUUUGUAAUUUAUUGGAAGCAAAGAAUUACAAUAAUAUUAUUAAUGUCUUCGAUUGUCUAACUGAAAUCUUGCGUGCUGCAGAGAAAGUAGAACAAACAGAAAAAUUUAUCAUUAUGAUUAAAGAAGCUGGAAUAAUAGAUAAAAUAGAAACUAUUCAAUAUCAUCAUGAUGAUCUAAUUUAUAAAAUGGUUGUUAUAUAG